AUGGCUAGCCCUCCCGUUCUAGCUUUCGAUGCCGAGGGCCGUCCGGUGAAGUUCGAAACCUGGCUAGAUGACCUGCACCUGUUCUUACAGCUCACUGCCAAGGAAGAUAUCUCACUGUACGACCACGCCCUAGGCCAUGCCACUGCCCCUGACUCGUCUGCUGACAGCACUCUGCGUUCCCAGUGGCAGACCCGUGAUGCGCACGCUCGCUUUGCUAUUCGCAACUCCCUGCCACUAGACGAGCGCGAGCACUUCGGCCAGUGCAAGACUGCUAAGGACCUCUACACAGCUGUAGUUGCCCGCUACUCCUCACCUGCUUCUGCCACGCUAGGCCGCCUCACUCUCCCCUACCUGUUCCCCAACCUAGCCUCCUUUCACACUGUCGCAGACCUCAUCACCCACCUUAAGACUAGUGAGGCCCGCUUUCGCGCUGCUAUGCCUGCCGAGUUUCUCACUAGCAACCCCCCCCGCUCUGGAUCACUCUCUUACCAUAUCGUCACCCGCCUCCCUGAUCUCUGCGCGCAGGGUGUUCCCCUUCCCCCCUCCUCCCCUCUGUCGCCUCUGCUGCUGCUGUUGACCUUCUUGUGUGAGCUGAGAAGGUCGGGACCGCGUCUGCUUCGAGCGGGCGCCGCAGGAGCAAGGGGGGCAGGGUGGGUGGUGGUGGCGGCGGAGGAGGUGGGGGUGGAGGCGGUGGGAGUGGAGGCGCGGCUGGGGAGACUAGUGGCGGCAGUGGGGGAGGAGACAGCAGCGGUGGGAGUGGUGGUGGAGGCGGCAGCGGAGGCGGAGGUGGUCGUGGCGGCGGCAGGGGUGGAGGUGGCCGGGGCGGCGGGUGGUGGGGGUGGUGGUCGUGAGGCACUGGCGGAGGGCAGAGUCAGCAGCCCGCCCCGACGCUUCAGGCCGCCCGUGAGUGGUAUGCGCAGCGUAGCGUUACCUGCACACUUUGAUGCUAUUCUCACUGCCAUGUAUGCGAUGUCUAUUAGUGGAGAAGGUGCUCAGUACUUGCGUGUUCCGCCCGACCCGGGCAUUCAGGCCAGUCCGGCUGCCGCUCUAGGUGCUAGUGCGUCUGCUCCCACACGUCCUGGUGAGGCUGCAGCCCCAGGUGCUCGUGCGUCCGUGCCCCCUGGUACUGAGUCGACUGCAGCACUGCACACCUUCACACUGGACUCAGGUGCUUCUCGCUCCUUCUUUCGUGACCGCACUGUCCUUGAGCCACUCGCUCGGCCAGUUGCUGUCUCCCUUGCUGACCCCUCUGGGGGUCCGGUCAUUGCGACCUCCUCCACUGUCCUUCCUUGUCCGGCGGUCCCGUCCGGCACGCUGUCAGGUCUCUACCUCCCCUCGUUCUCUACGAACUUGGUGGCAGGUAGUGCGCUCCAGGACGGGGGUGUUCACCAGUUCACCCCUGCCUACGAGCGCGUGACACACUGCACGUGUGCUCGGACGGGUCGCCACCUGGCUACCUUCACUCGGGAGCCGGGGUCGGACCUUUACACACUGACCACUGAGUCCCCUCAGGUAGCUGCGUCCGCGUCUGCGUCUGCGUCAGGUCAGCUGUCCGCCCCCUGCUCGUGUCGCUCUCUGGCGCAUGAGACUGUCCUUUGGCACCACCGCCUUGGUCACCCGUCUGUGCAGCGCCUUCGGGCCAUGCACAAACGGGACCUUGUUGCUGGUCUUCCCAGGGUGCUCCCUCCCCUUCCCGACUCGCCUGCUCCUCCCUGUAUUCCCUGUGUUGAGGGACGGCAGCGCGCCGCUCCUCACUCCUCCUCCUUUCCCCCGACGACUGCUCCCUUGCAGACGCUCCACAUGGACGUGUGGGGCCCAGCCCGCGUCCGUGGUCAGAGCCAGGAGAGGUACUUCCUGAUUGUUGUUGACGACUUCUCGCGCUACACCACGGUCUUCCCCUUGCGCGCCAAGGGUGACGUCCCUGAUAGGUGGGAGUUUUCCUCUGGCCUAUUGGAGGCCUUCUGUCAGCAGGAGGGCAUUGAGCAGUCGUACACGCUUCCGGCCUCUCCACAGCAGAAUGGGGUUGCUGAGCGCCGCAUUGGUCUGGUCAUGGAGGUCGCUCGUACCUCCUUGAGCCAUGCGGCUGCCCCCCAUUUUCUGUGGCCGUUUGUGGUCCGAUACGCUGCACAUCAGCUCAACCUCUGGCCCCGUGUCUCCUUGCCCGAGACUUCUCCGACACUGCGUUGGACGGGAGAGGCUGGCGAUGCGUCGCGUUUUCGGGUCUGGGGAUCCCGAGCUUUUGUCCGCGACACGUCCGCGGACAAGCUCUCCCGUCGCGCUGUCCCCUGCGUCUUCCUUGGCUUUGUCCCGGACGCCCCUGGCUGGCAGUUCUACCACCCCACCUCGCGUCGUGUCCUGGCCUCUCAGGACGUCACUUUUGACGAGUCCGUCCCCUACUACCGCCUCUUCCCCUACCGCACUGCCCCGCUCCCCCCCCCGCCUCUCUUCCUCGCUCCAGGUGCUGAGGUACCAGACCCCCUCCCCCCUCAGGGUGCCGCUCCCUCAGGUGUGUCCCAGGUAGACCCGGGUGAGCCUGUCGAGGUAGCUGUUGACUCUCGUCCUGCUGGGGGUGCUGAGCCUGGGGGUGCUGCGUCUGGGGGUGCUGAGCCUGGGAGUGCUGAGUCUGGGGGUGCGGAGCCUGGGGGUGCUGAGCCUGGGGGUGCUGGGUCUGGGGGUGCUGCGUCUGGGGGUGCUGAGCCUGAGCGUGCUACACCUGGAGGAGCCCUCUCCUCCCAGCAGCUGCAGGAGAGGUACCUCGAGUACUGCCGCCUUCGGAGAGGUGCUGCUGGAGCUCGUCCCGGUACUUCCCCUCCUACCCAGGAGCUCCCCCCCAUUCAGCAGAUCCGCGGAGGGUACACACGGCGCUGCAGUCUUCGGAGUGGUGCUCCUGGUGCUGCGGACCCUGGGGGUGGCGCUGCUGCUGGUGCUGAGGACCCGGACGUGGGAGCUGCUGCUGGUGCUGCGGACCCGCCUGGUGGAGCUACUGCUGGUGCUGAGGACUCGGACGUUGGAGCUGCUGCUGGAGCUGGGGACCCGGCCGGUGGAGCUGCUGCUGGUGCUGAGGACCUGGACGGUGGAGCUGCUGCUGGUGCUGAGGACUCGGACGGUGGAGCUGCUGCUGGAGCUGAGGACCCGAGCGGUUGCACUACUGCUGCUGCUGAGGACCCGGGCGUUGGAGCUACUACUGGUGCUGAGGACCCGGCCAGUGGAGCUGCUGCUGGUGCUGUGGACCCGGACGCUGGAGCUCCUACUGGUACUGAGGACCCGGCCACUGGAGUCUCCUCUGCUUCCGGCGACGCUGCGCGGCCGCGACCGUACUUCGUACCGCUCCUUCAGCAGGUUCUUGGGCAGGCUCCUCCUCCUUGUCCUCCUCCCUCCAUAGAGUGUCCUCCGCCUGUCCAGCCGCAGUCACAGUUACCGCCUACCUCGCCUCUCCCUGCUCCCUCUCCUUACACUGGUCCCACAGGAGGUCUUACAGAGCGUCGUGAGCCUGAGUCUCGUCCUGCGUCGCCUGUUCGUCCUGCUCGCACUGGUAGUCGUGUCCGUCGUGAGCGUCCUCCUCCUGUCCCAGGCACUCACUACAUGACUCUGCGUCCCUCUACUGCUCCUCAGCGUGUCCCUCUACCGUCUCCUCCUGCGUCCUCUUUGCCUGACGUUCCGGACCCUGCGUCUGACCGGUAUCGUGCUGAGCACCCUACUGUCACGCGUCUCCUUGCUACUGUUGUCACUGACCCUACCUUUGAGUCCUCGGCUGCGUCUGCUCUUGUCGCUGAGUUGGUUGACUUUGCUGCUGCCUGUCGUCUAGACUACGCUGCUAGCCUUGUUGCUGAGUCUGAGUCUGUCUGUCCUCCGUCCGUCGGGGGUGAGUGUGCUCUUGGCACGGACGUCCUUGAGGACAGACAGGAGGAGUUCCAGUGUCUUGCUGCUGCUUUGCCCCGUCUCGUGUCCUUGCUAGUUGCCCCUGAGGGAGACCCGGAUGCACCAGACAUCCCGACCCCGCGCACUUACGCUGAGGCGAUGGCGGGUCCCUACUCCUCUCAGUGGCAGACAGCCAUGGACGCAGAGAUGGCCUCCUGGAAGUCCACAGGCACCUACGUAGACGAGGUUCCCCCUCCUGGGGCGAACAUCGUCAGUGGCAUGUGGAUUUUCAGGGUGAAGCGGCCGCCGGGUUCUCCGCCUGUCUUCAAGGCGCGUUACGUGGCUCGAGGCUUCAGUCAGCGAGAGGGAGUUGACUUCUUUCAGACCUUCUCCCCCACCCCGAAGAUGACCACUCUUCGGGUGCUGCUGCACAUAGCCGCUCACCGCGACUACGAGCUUCACUCACUUGACUUCAGCACUGCUUUCUUGCAGGGCAGCCUGCACGAGGAGAUCUGGCUGCGCCGCCCACCUGGUUUCACUGGGUCGUUUCCUCCUGGUACCCAGUGGAGGCUUCAGCGGCCGGUCUACGGUCUCCGCCAGGCUCCGCGUGAGUGGCACGACACACUGAGGACUACACUUGCGGCUCUUGGGUUCGCGCCUUCUACAGCUGACCCGUCGCUGUUCCUACGCACCGACACUUCGCUGCCGCCGUUCUACAUCCUCGUGUACGUCGAUGACUUGGUCUUUGCCACUGCUGACACUGCGGCACUUGCCCACGUGAAGUCGGAGCUGCAGAGGAGACACACGUGCACAGACCUGGAGCCGAGUGGCCCGUAUCCAGAGCUUGUGGGCUGCCUCAUGUACCUGAUGACCUGCACUCGACCUGACCUUGCAUACCCUCUUAGCAUCCUUGCACGCUAUGUCGCUCCUGGCCGUCACAGGAAGGAGCACAUGGAUGCCGCUAAGAGGGUGUUGCGCUACUUGUGCAGUACGUCGGGCAUGGGACUUGUGCUUGGAGGGCGAGACCGAGUUGUUCUCACAGGGCACUCAGACGCUUCUUGGGCGGACGACCAGGCCACUCAGCGGUUGUCUCAGGGUUACACCUUCAGCCUUGGCUCUGGCUCAGUUUCUUGGCGCUCUACGCGCUCUUCUUCUGUUCUCGGCUCCAGUUGUGAGGCUGAGAUCUACGCCACAGCCAUGGCUGCCCAGGAGCUACGCUGGCUGACCUAUCUGCUGACCGACCUCGGAGAGCGGCCUCGUUCUCCUCCAGUGCUGUACGUCGACAACAAGGUUGCCAUUGCCUUGUGUGAGGAGCACAGACUGGAGCACAGAACGAAGCACAUCGCUCUGCGGUACUUCCUUGCUCGAGAGCUGCAGCAGCGCGGUCAGCUUUGUAUUCGCUACGUGGCCACUGAGGCCAACACUGCUGAUGUGUUCACCAAGGCGCUUCAGCCUCGUGACCAUCAGCGCUUCUGCACUCUACUAGGCCUUGUGCCUACUGGACCUCACUUGCUUACCUCUUGA